AUGUCGGCUUCAGAUGUUAUUGAAGAAUCUGCAACAGAUGUAGUUGGAGAGGCUGCCAAUACUUGGUUCCCUGAAUGUGAUGACAAUAAGAAGCACUUCGUUGGUCAGAUAUUCAAUGAUUUAGUUAAAGCCGUUAAGUUUUACUCUAAGUAUGCAAAAGCUUGUGGUUUUGUAUCGCGUAAGAGUACAAAAAGUGUCUCUGACGAUGGAACUAUUCGCUCACAAUAUGUGUUGUGCAAUAGAGAAGGUUCCGCCCCCAAUGCGGAUCGAUUAUUGUUGGCUGACGACUAUUGUCCAAAAAAGAAAUGUAAGAGAUCAUCAUGUAAGGUUGGUUGUGAGGCCAAAAUUAUAUUUCAGAUUAUGUCUUAUGGUCGUUAUUAUGUUCGGAUAUUCAUAGAGGGCCAUAAUCAUAAGAUGGUAUUAGCUGGAACUCGUCAUUUAUUGCCGAGCAAUAGAAAAAUCGAACCAAUUCACCAAUAUUUUAUCCAUGCCGGUAUCAAAGCCAACUUUGGACCAAUGAGAACAUUUCGUAUGUAUGCGGAACUUGUUGGUGGUUUUGAUAAGGCUGGUUGCACUAGUAUUGAUUUCAAGAACUAUGUGAGAGAUUUAAAGGUGCAUAUUGUGGAUUCCGAUGCUCACAUGUUGCUAGAUACGUUAAAGAACAAAAAGGAUGAUUGUGAAGGAUUCCAAUACUUCUAUGAUGUUGAUGAUGAGAACCAGUUGUCUUGCCUCAUAUGGACCGACCAACAGUCUGUUAACAACUACAAAAACUUUGGCGAGGUUGUAUCGUUCGAUGCAACAUAUUGUACUAACAGGUACAAAUUGAUUUUUACACCGUUUACUGGUCGGGACAAUCAUGGAAAAUGCGUGUCAUUUGGGGCAGCAAUCAUAUCACGUGAAGAUAUGGAUUUAUAUGCGUGGGUUUUGAAGAAGUUCACUGAAUGCGUUGGCAAAGCUCCUCGUGUGUUUAUGACUGACCAAGAUCCUGGGUUGAAGAAGGCAGUUGCACAUGUGUGGCCUGAAACACAUCAUAGAUUUUGUAUGUGGCACAUCACCAUUAAAGUUGCAGAGAAAUUGCCUCCGAACCUAAGGGAUGAUUCUGAGUUCAAGACUAAGUUUGGCAAGAUUGUAUGGUCCGACCUUAAUGAGCCUGCCGUUUUUGAAGAAAACUGGAUGAAUUUGAUGAACGAAUAUGAGUUGAAUGAUAACAGAUGGUUCUCUGAUAUGUAUGCCGAUCGAUCUUUAUGGAUCCCUGCUUAUUUUCGGGAUAUUAGUAUGAGUGGACUUUUUCGGACUACAUCAAUGUCGGAGAGUGAGAAUAGCUAUUUCAAACGUUUCUUGGGCAAGAAUUCUAAUUUGAGUGUGUUCUAUAUGAACUAUGACACUGCUUUGGACUCUUAA